CGAGGAUCGGCGGUGGCAUGACGUCACUUCCGGGACGCAGUUCCGUUAGAAAUGGACGACAGUCUUCAGCUGGCAGACGGUGGAUUUACUAAAAAUGUGGCCAGAUCAGGCAGAAGAGCUCGUCAGGCCGCUGAGAUGUUGAGCGCUGAAGACUCUCGACAGAGGAAAUCAUCUUCAUCAGUCAGUAACACAGCAGAGGGACCCCCACCAAAACCAGCUCGGCGGCAGGGAGGAUGGGCAGAGGAGAGCACAGGAACCGGAUCCGCCAAGUCCGGACGACGGCCGGCUGCUGAAGAGCAGGAGGACCGGCGACUGAGGCCACAAACCCCUGAGGGCUCCGACAAUGAAAGUGACAUCCCAGUGAUUCCAGACCUGGACGAGGUUCAGGAGGAAGACCUCACCAUGCAGAUCGCUGCUCCACCCAGUAUCCAGGUGAACAGAGUUAUGACCUACAGAGACCUGGACAACGACCUCAUGAAGUAUUCGGCUUUUCAGUCCCUGGAUGGGGAGAUCGACCUGAAGCUGCUCACGAAGGUUUUAGCCCCGGAGCAGGAGGUGAGAGAGGAGGACGUGGGCUGGGAUUGGGAUCAUCUGUUCACCGAGGUCUCCUCUGAACUCCAGACGGAAUGGGAUCAAGGAGAGCGAGAUGAUCAGUCUCCGCUUCCUGUGGCCUGAAGAUGGAUUUACACCUCAGGACUUACGUCAUGUGCUCAGAUAGGAAAAUAUUGUUCAUAUUGAAUGUGUUUCUUGACGAUGGCGUCGUGUCAUUGCGGCUGACAUCUUGUGUGUGUUUCCCAUCAAGGUUAACCUUGCAAACCCAGAAACAUUGCUUUUCUUAACUGGAUCAAUCUGGAGACAUUUGUCACCGUUUGUAGUAUCUGGAAAAAGCCUAAAUCCAAGGUUAAUGAGCAGGGAAACCAAAAUCCACUUGAUUGAGUUAAAAUGAACUUUGCACAUCCGAGCAAGCCGGCCUUAUCAUUAUUGACCACACCAUCGACCAUUUGAGCUUGUCCUGUUCUCAUGAGCUUCAUUCCUGCGUUUCUGGAUUAACGUGAUAACAUGCUUCAUUUAAGUCAGAGUAUCAAAUAUAUGCAUUUAAAUGACGCUAUUCUCUUAUUUUAUUUUUUUUUUAUGCUUUUUGGUGAUAUGCAGUAUGUAUAUUGUCAUGACCAUCAUUUUGACUGGUAGAUUUGAAAUAAAAUAAAUAAAUAAAUAAAACGUUUUACACAGUAUCAUUACUAAACUACUAAAACUAAUAUAAUUUUCAACAUCUAAUUAAAUAAAUAAAUGAAUAAAAUUAGAAAUAUUUAAUUACUGAAACUGUACUAAAAAGUACUAAAAUUGCUAAAAAACUGAAAUAAAUACAAUUAAAGCAAAAUAGAAAUAUUAAGAAAUCUAUGCAAAAGCACAUAUAAAUUACCAAAACUUAAACUAAUAUGAUAAAAAAGCUAAUUUAAUGCUAUAUAAUACUUUACUAUAAAUUAACACAAUGUGACACAAAGUUUUUUUGUUUGUUUGUUUUAAUAAUGAAAAAAAAAGGCAACAUUUGUCAUUUUUGUUUAAAGUUGAAAUAAGUAAAUACUAAAAUAAGUAAACCUAAAUAAACUAUAACUUAAUAAAAAAAAAAAUAUAUAUAUAUAUAUAUAUAUAAAUGAAAACAAAGUAUAACAAUAAAACCCAAUUCCAAAUAUACUAUAAUAAUACAUCAACGAUACUAAACUAAGACUGUCUCAAGGUCUAACACAACUUUGAGGCAUGAUGCAAGACAAUUCUCAAGAACCUGUGAUGUACAUGGAUACGCAGAAGUGUGUCCACACACACACUUGCUGUACUUUGUUUCUCUGUCUCUCCUCACAUGAGCUUUUUUUGGGCUCUUUUAAUGAAUUCUGCCCAUAUGCCCCGAGCAGCUGCCGCGAUGCCCCUUCCUCCCCCCCCGCCGAGCUGUGAAGUGCCCAUCCAUGUACAGACAACCUCUAGCUGUCUCUCUCAGGGAUGGCAGCGCCCACCGCCGCUCGCCUGGCACCGCGCACACAGCCAGUUUAGGAUGCGGCCGCUCAGAUUAAAGCCCUGUGAUAGCGGGUAACUGACCCGCCUCAACCAAACGCUCCUACAACCGACCCGUCGGACUGAGGAUUAGGUGACAGAGAGAGAGAAAGAGAGACACUUGGCAUGAGACUGAGUCCAGCUCCUCAAAGUCACCUCUCUCUCUCUCUCUCUCUCUCUCUCUCUCUUUCUGCCGUUUUAUCUGUCUCCAUCUUGCGUUCUGUGCAGCUCCACUGUACUGCAUCUCUCCUGAAGAUUAUGGCUUAUUAUAGAGAUACAGCACCGAAAUAUGAUCAAUCUGUCAUCGGUUACUGUUGUUCUAAACCUUUGUGACUUUUAAUCCUGUAAAGCUGCUGUUAAAACAAUAACCCCUAAGAAGCUGUGGUUUACAGUGAAUUUAUAACAGCUAAGGGGCAUUGUUAGAUGUGAAGCGGAGUGCCCAAAACCCCCUUAGCUGUUAUAAAUUCACUAUAAACCAUUAUUACAUUCAUAAAGUGGUUAUUCCAUAUACAUAGUAAGGUUUUACAAAAUAAGCAAAUAAAGUGUAAUGAUAUUAAUACAAACAUUAUUCUUCCACCAAACAAUGUAGUUCCUCAGAAACGGUUGUGGUUGCAACACUCAGACGUAAACAAAGGUGUAUGUUUGUAGAGUAUUUUACAACCGCUUAGAAUGCGGCUCAACCAAUCACACAAUUAAUGACCAGAUCUGUCCAUUUUAUAAUAAAGCAUUAAGCCCCAAGAAGCCAUGGAUUACAGUGAAUUUAUAAUAGCUAAGGGGCGUUGUUAGGCACAACAUGAAGCUCCUCCAUAUACGUAGUAAGGUUUUACAAAAUAAAACAGAGCAAAUAAAGUGUAAUGGUAUUAAUAAAAACAUUAUUCUUCCACCACACAAUGUAGUUCCUCCGAAACGGUUGUGGUUGCAACAAAGUGGUUGCUGAGCAAUGCACAAACGUAAACAAAGGUGUUUUUUUGUAGAGUAAUUUACAACAACUUCAAACGCGGCUCAACCAAUCAGAAUCAAGGACCGGAAAUAUCCGUUUUUUAAUAAAACAAUAAACAAUAAGCCCCAAAAAGCUGUGGUUUACAGUGAAUUUAUAACAGCUAAGGGGCGUUGUUAGACGCAAAGCGGAGUGCCUAAAACCCCCUGAGCUGUUAUAAAUUCAUUGUAAACCAUGGCUUCACUGGGCUUAUUACUUUUAUAAAACGGUUAUUCCAUAUAUGUAGUAAGGUUUCACAAAAAAAAACAAAGCAAACAAAGUGUAAUGAUAUUAACACAAACAUUAUUCUUGUGCCAAACAAUGUAGUUCCUCAGAAACAGUUGUCGUUGCAACAAAGUGGUUGCCGAGCAACACAGACAUAAACAAAGGUGCAUGUUUGUACAGUAUUUUACAGUAGCUUAGAACACGUACCAACCAAUCAGAAUCAAGGACCAGAACUAUCCGUUUUAUAAUAGAGCAAUAAGCCUCAAGUAGCCAUGGAUUACAGUGAUUUAAUAAUAGCUAAGGGGGCGUUGUUAGGCAUGAUGCGAAGCUCCUCCAUAUACGUAGUAAAAAAAAACAGAGCAAAUAAAGUGUAAUGAUAUUAAUAAAAACAUUAUUCUUCCGCCACACAAUAUAGUUCCUCCGGUUUUGGCGGUUUUGGUUUGGUGGCCAAGCAACACGCAAAUGUAAACGAAGGUGUAUGUUUGUAGAGUAUUUUACAACCCUGCUGAAAAAAAAAAACAGCUAAAACCAGCCUAAGCUGUUUGGCUGGUCUUAGCUGAUCAUAGCUGGUCAGCAGGCUGGUUUUAGAGGGGUUUUAACCACUUCCAGGGUGGACUUAGCUGGUCAGGCUGGGAGACCAGCUAAAACCAGCUACUUCCAGCUUAAACCAGAUAAAACCAGCCAACAGACCUAGGCUGGUUUUAGCUGUUUUUUUUUUUUUUUUUCAGCAGGGAACAGUUUCAAACACGGCUCAACCAAUCAGAAUCAAGGAUUGGUUUUAUAAUAAUAAGGAUUGGUUUUAGAAUUUAUUUUAUGAUAAAGCAAUAAGCCCCAAGAAGCUGUGGUUUACAGUGAAUUCAUAACAGCUAAAGGGCGUUGUUAGACACGAAGCGGAGUGCCUAAAACCCCCUGAGCUGUUAUAAAUUCACUGUAAACCACGGCUUCACGGGGCUUAUUGCUUUUAUAAAACAGUUCUUCAAUAAACGUAGUAAGGUUUUACAAAAAUAAAACCAAGCAAAUAAAGUGUAAUAAUAUUAAUGCAAACAUUAUUCUUGUGCCAAACAAUGUAGUUCCUCAGAAACAGUUAACGAACACAAAGGUGUAUGUUUGUAGAGUAAUUUACAACAGCUUUGAACGCGGCUCAAGGACCGGCUUAAUCAGAAUCAAGGACCGAAACUAUCCGUUUUAUAAUUUUUCAUUUUUGGCUGACUAUUUAGUUAAGAUAAGUGAUUGCCGUGGUAAUGAGAACUACAUUUGAUAAACUACUAUAGUACAUUUUGUAAAGAUUUUGUAGGAAAUCUUUUCUCCUGACCAAGCCUGCAUGGCUAAAUGUCUUUACUGUCACUUCUGAUUCAUUUAAUGUAUACCUGAUUGAAAAAAAAAAGUAAAUAAAAAAUACACUCUUGACUAUUAAUCGGAAGAAAGUCUUUUCCCCCUGUCUCUCAUUCUCAUGGCUAGUAAAACAAACCAGGGGAAGUCAUACAUUUUUAUUAAAAAUGCCCUCUGGCCUUAAAAUCGGAGCUCCACGGGUCUGAAUUAGUGUAUUUGGAUAGAGUCGGAUGCUUAAUUGUCGUUCAGAAUGGAGAUAAUUGGCUUUGGUGCCGUUCUAAUAUGUUUGGGUGGUGACAGAAGCUCCUCCAUCUUAUCUGCUCUCAGUAUCGCCCAUCCAUACGGCCCAGGGCAAUAUACGGCCAUGUAAUUAAAGUGUAAGAAAAUGUGCAGAUUGAGAGAUACAGGAGAGUGAGGGGUGCGGACAGACGUGACCAAGCGUGGAAGUCACGGGAUGUUAUGAGCACACGCUUAUACCUGCCGGACCACGUGCCGGGCCUCAGGUCCCGACCUCUUAUCAGGGGCUGUAUUGUUUGAUUCCUCACUGGGUUUGGCUACAAGAAAGCACAUGACUUCAUAUGUGUAGAUACAUCAGGGGCUUUAAUGCACUAAGACUCAUAUCAUGCUCAUAUCAUGAGGAAUCAAACUCUCCUUGAUCUUUAGAGAUAAUAGAGUCAUUCAUUAUGGAAACAUACUGUAACUUUCAGAACUUAAAAAAAAAAAGGUAAAAGUAA